CGUCGUUUGUUUAAUAACAGGAUUAGAACGUAAGAAUACUAAUAUAAAAUAAUAAUUUGAUGUUUGUAAAAUGGAGUGGAAUUUUGAAACACUUCGAAUCGAGUAUAAGGACGUUCUACAAAAGUCUUUUAAAGCAAAGAACUUAGAUAUAUUAGAACAAAAAGUAAAGUCUUUAAAUAAAACUGAAAUAGAUCUCAAGUCUCCUUUAGAUCAGACUUUUAGAGAUAUUUUACUGAAACUUCUUGAAGAACAAGUAGAUGUUGAAGAACUGAAACAAUUUGUUGAAUUCUCUAUACAUUCAUGUCGUAAAGGACUCAGCAGCCCUACUAUGCCAGUUAUUCUUCUUGGUGAUAUCUUUGAAACCUUAACUUUAGACACUUGUGAGGAUAUGUUCAAUUUUGUUGAACAAAAUGUACAUGUUUGGAAAGAGGACUUAUUUUUCACCGGUUGUAAAAAUAAUUUACUAAGACUUUGUAAUGAUUUAUUGAGACGAUUAUCACGCACCACUGCAACAGUUUUUUGUGGAAAAAUACUCUUAUUCUUAGCCAAGUUCUUCCCAUUUUCGGAAAGAUCUGGACUAAAUAUUGUAAGAGAAUUUAAUUUAGAAAAUGUAACGGAAUAUGGAACCGACCCAUCUGACGAUGCAAUUACAGAAAUACAAACAGGAAGUGAAAAACAUGUUAUUGAUUUCACGUUUUAUUGCAAAUUUUGGCAGUUGCAAGAUUUUUUUAGAAAUCCUAACCAGUGCUAUACAAAAGUACAGUGGAAACUAUUUUGUUCGCAUUCUUCUACUAUAUUAAAUACAUUUCAAGGGAUAAAACUUGAUUAUGUUACUUCUGACAAUAAUACAACUGUUGGAUAUUUUGCAAAAUAUUUGACGAGUCAGAAAUUAUUAGACUUACAGUUGCACGAUGUUAACUUCCGAAGAUCAGUCUUACUUCAGUUUUUAAUAGUGUUUCAGUAUUUAAUAUCUACGGUUAAGUUUAAAUCUGAAAGUUAUGAAUUAAAAUCUGAUCAGAAAGAUUGGAUACAAAAUCAAACAGAAAAAGUGUACAAUUUAUUAAAAGAAACCCCACCGGACGGAGAAAAAUUUGCAAAAAUAGUGAAGAAUAUUUUGGCCAGAGAGGAGUUGUGGAACUCAUGGAAAAAUGAUGGUUGUCCAGAAAUAAAGAAGGUGCAAUCCACUUCAAUAGAAUCAGAAAAAAAAACAAGCGAGACCAAAAAGCCAUUAUUGGGGGAUAUUAUAAAAGAAGCUAAUAGUCAAGGCAGAUAUUAUAUGGGCAGUGGAGAAUUAACGAAACUGUGGAACCUCUGCCCUAAUAAUUUGGAAGCGUGUAAAGGCAAAGAAAGGGACUUUUUGCCAUCUCUAGAGGACUACUUCAGUGAGGCAAUAGAGCAGUUGGAAAAACCUGUUAAAGACGAAGAAAUUCUCUUGAAAGAUGGAAAUUUCGGUUGGAGAGCCUUGAGGUUACUCGCAAGGCGCAGCCCACAUUUCUUCACAUACAGUACCACGAUUAUGAAUCCCUUGUCGUCAUAUUUGGAGAUGAUGGUCCGGAAAAUAGCCCAUGAAAGACCUGGAAAAAGCCAAGAGAAUAGCCAGGAGGGUCAGAAUGAUGCGGAAAUAGAUAAUUUUCUUACAGAGGAGGAGCAGGGUACCGAAGAACUUAAACAGAAUGACCAAGAAGAAUUUGUCGAUGACAGUAAUCCUAGGCAAGAUCAUAAGAUUACGGUACAACAGCUACUGUAUUUUAGCCAAAAGAUAUCUCCUGACUGGGAAAAACUUGCUGUCAAGCUCGGAUACAAGCCAGACGAAAUAGAAUUUUUCAAAAAUGAGAAUCCUACAGAAUUUGAACAGGCUAGGAAUUUGUUGCAAAUAUGGUUUGAGGAUGACGAAGAUGCCACUUUAGACAACCUUUUGUAUAUAUUGGAAGGACUGGAAAUGCACGAAGCCGCUGAAGCUGUGAGAAAUGAGUUAAAUAGUACAAUGGAUACUUAACGGAAACAAUAUUAUUUAACAAUUUGUAUUCUAGGAAAAUAAAGUCUUCUUUUAUUCUA